UUUUUGUAAGCUUAUUUACGUUGGUAUGUUAGUUUUACGAUGAAGAACAUUUAUCAAUGAAUAAGUUGAUCCUUGGGCGUCAUCUAUGGUACACUGACGCACGUGACACCACAUCCGUCAUUUUAAUUUGUAAUAAUUCAAAUUGUGAGAUACGAUGUUUGAGUUAGUUUCUCCUUUGAGUAUACGCAGAAAAACUACUUAGAUACUAUAGUAUGUUUUCUUAUCUUAAACCAUAUUGCAAAGGAGUAUAGUGAUCUCGAAUGGGUAAUAAUACCUCCAAAAACAAAUACUACAAUAAUCAGAAGUAUACCAGUCAGUAUAGUCUUAGUGAUCUAAUUGGUGGAAGUUGUGUUGGGACAACACAUUCCACAAGUAAAGAAUCUAAGUCAUGGUCCCGUACUUCGAAUAAAAGUUGGAGUGAAGGUACAUUGUAUGAAUCAUUUGGUACUUCAAAAACACAUUGGCCAGUAUCACGUUCUCAGGCCAUGUUCCUUCCAGAAUUUGAAAUAAGACAUGUACCUUUGCAAAGUACUUAUAAGCUUAUAUGUGUAAUAGCAAAAGGAGCAUAUGGAAAAGUAUAUAAAAUUCUGAAACAAGAUACUGGGCAGAUUUAUGCUUUGAAAGUAAUUAAUAAAGCGAAAGUUGUUACAGAAAAUGGCAUAAUACAGGCAAAACAAGAAGUUGCCAUUCAGAAGCUUGUUGGUCACCAUCCAUUUAUAUUAAGUUGCACGCAUAAAUGGCAAGGAAAGAAGACAUUAUAUAUAUUAACUGAUUAUGUUGGUGGAGGAGAAUUAUAUUCACUAAUUGAAGAAUGUGGCUCUCUGCCUGAAAAUGUAGUUAGAAUAUAUGUAGCAGAAAUUGCUCUAGCUAUUGAUUUUUUGCAUAAUGCUGGUGUAGUACAUAGAGAUAUAAAAGCAACAAAUGUUCUUUUGGAUGAAGAAGGUCAUGCUGUAAUUAUUGAUUUUGGUCUCGCUAAAUGGCUAAAUCAUGCUGAAAGAACAAAUACACUUUGUGGGACUCCUGAAUAUAUGGCACCAGAAAUAUUGAAGAGACAAUAUUAUGGACAGGAGGUAGAUUGGUGGUCACUAGGAGUCUUGACUUGUUUCAUGCUGACAAAUCAGUACCCGGCCGGACCGAGCAGCGAACUUUUGCCGGAGGACAGAGGAAACGAUUACGCACCCGCCGGGACACUUCCGGUGAACGCGGAAAAGAUCUCCGCGCCGGCGAAGGACCUGCUCAAACGGUUACUGCGACCGGACCCCUGUCUCAGGCUGAGAUCCAUUCUGAGUCUCCAGAGGAUCGCUUUCUUCAUGGGCUAUGAUCUACAGAGUUACAUGGCGAAAAAGGAUUCGCCCUUUCGACUACUAGGACGCAAGGUCCAGACUCACCAGGAAAAAAUAACCAAGGAGUUUUCGAGUUUCGAUACUUCGUUUGGCGACAGCAUUUCUCGCGCUGACGAUCGAUGAUGAUAUUCCGCGCAACUAGUCGUUCCAUUUAACUAUAUGUCAGCUGCUGCGAGAACAAUCUCAAUUAAAGCAAAGAACGAUUCGUUUUGAAACGUUCGCCAGACGUUGUUUGUAACUUUGUUGCCUACAUCGAGCAACGCCGAUGCCAUCCGUUAGUUUUGUACGAAGAUUCCUCAUAUUUUGCGUAAGAUUUAGAGUUCUAAUUUUGAUAAGCCUCUAAACUUUUCAUUAAGCCGCUCGAACUGUUUUUUUACUUCGAUCAGGUGUACAGCGAAUUUCAGCGGCUUUCGGUGUGCAAGACAAACUGUCCAGCUUAUGUGUCGCAAGAUGUGAGUCUGUAAAAUGUAUUCUAUUAUAGAUAAAAAUAUAU